CCCCUACGGACGCAUGCUUGGAAGACAUGCGCUUUGCGGCAAAGUCCUCCUUUUCUCCACACACGCUUCUAAGCCUCGGCACAUCUCCUCACAUCGCUACUAACUACACUUUAUUCAUCCUCCGUGUCAGGAUAAACUCCACUCGUCUCACUCAACUUUGGAGAUUAUUAGGCCCGCUUAGCUUGAUAGUUGUUUGAGCGCGCCAAUUAGCUUAGCAUGCUAGUUAACUUAGCUUGUUAGCCGCUAACAAAGAGACGCGGAUUUGAUCAACACAUCGCUUAGUUAAGAUCAAGUGUGAGUGUAAAGUGUUGUGAUUGUGUGAAAAUGUGCGAAAGAACGAUAGAAAAGUAUGAGGAGGAACUUUGUUGUGUGAAAGAACGAUAGCAGAGUACAAAGAGGAACUUUCUCGAACAAAAGAAGAGAACGAGAGACUACGUCAACUAUUGGAGGCUGUUUUCAAGAAAGCUCAAGUUGUGUUACACAGAACAGACGUCUGUGAAAAAUAUCGUCCACCUGAGCAGCAGGAGGGGUCCUCCAGUAUGAAGCAGAAGAAGUCACAGUACCUCCACGUGAAAGAAGAGGAGCCACAGCCCCACUACUUUAAAGUGGAGGAAAAACAGCGGCUGUCCCCCCACUUCAUAAAGGAAGACAAGAGACACCUGAUCAGUGUGACGAGUGAAGAUGAUGAGGUCAAAGGUGAGUGUGUGGAGAAGAGAGAGGCGGAGCCUCCAAGCAGCAGUUUAGCAGAAGCUGAUGGAGACCACUGUGGAGGAUCACAAGCAGACAAGCUCUUAGCUCCACUAUCAGAUAGUGAGGACACAACGUCACACUCUCCUGACACUGAUGAUGAAGACUCUAAAGAUGAUAAAACAUGUCACACGGACAACACUCACUUCACAUGUUCUACCUGUCACAAAACUUAUAAAUAUCUUAGCUAUUUGAAAAGACACAUGAGAACACACACUGGAGAGAAACCUUUUUCAUGUUCAAUCUGUGGUACAGAUUUUACUCGAAGGCAAACUUUGAAAACACACAUGAGAAUACACACUGGAGAAAAACCUUUUUCCUGCUUAGAAUGUGGCAAAAGUUUUCAAACAAAUCAAAGGUUAAAAAUACACAUGAGAAUACACACAGGAGAAAAACCUUUUUCCUGCUCAGAAUGUGGUAAAAGUUUUCUUGUAAAUCAAAGAUUAAAAGUACACAUGAGAACACACACUGGUGAAAAACCUUUUAUAUGUUCAGUAUGUGGCAAAAGUUAUAUGGAAAGACAGCGAUUAAAAGUACACGAGAGAACGCACUCUGGUGAAAAACCAUACUCCUGUUCAAUUUGCAACAGAAGCUUUCAUGAACGAAAAACUUGUACAGUACACAUGAGAAGACACCCAGGAGAGAAAGUGUUGAGUUGCAGUGUGUGUGGUGAAAGAUUGUCUUCUAAGUACCAGUGUAAGAAACACAAGUGUGCUGGUGAGAACAGCAGCAGCAAAUGAAACUGCAGGAUUUGAAAUAAACUGUCCAGACUUUCAUUUUGACUUUCUAACAACAUCAGCACAUAUAACAUGUGUGACAUUGUUGUUUGUGUAACACAAUCUUGUUAAUAUGAUUCUAACAUUUAUAGAUUAAACACUUCAGAUUAGUGUGUUUAUUUCAGUCAAGUACAAACCCCGGUUCAAUAUGAGUUGGGAAAUUGUGUUGGAUGUAAAUAUAAACGGAAUACAAUGAUUUGCAAAUUAUUUUCAACCCAUAUUCAGUUGAAUAUGCUACAAAGACAACAUAUUUGAUGUUCAAACUGAUAAACUUUUUUUUUUUGCAAAUAAUCAUUAACUUUAGAAUUUCUUGCCAGCAUCACAUGAAAAAAGAAGUUGAGAAAGGUGGCAAUAACUACUGAUAAAGUUGAGGAAUGCUCAUCAAACACUUAUAUGGAACAUCCCACAGGUGUGCAGGCUAAUUGGGAACAGGUGGGUGCCAUGAUUGAGUAUAAAAGCAGC